GGUUUGAACUGAACCAGACCGCGUAAAAAGAGUAGUUAAAAUUUCGCCUGGAGUAAAAGAGUGGCCUUUUGUUCUCUUACCUCAAACCCUAACCUUUCCUCUUUCUCCUUCAAUUUCUACUUUCUCUUUCCCAAUACAGACAGACAGAGACAAAAAAUACAUAAAAUUACAAAAUGGCAGAGGCAGCUUUGAACAUGAGUUUAGACGAUCUCAUCAAGAAGAAUAAAACCGGUACCGGAGGUAAACCUCGCGGCAGAGGUCGUGGCGGCGCCUCCGGUCCUGGUCCUGCUCGUCGAUUCCCCAAUCGUUCAGCUAACCGAGCUGCACCUUAUUCCACCGCCAAGGCUCCUGAGGCGGCGUGGAAUCAUGAUAUGUUCGCGGCGGCAGAUCAAGCUUUCCCCUUUGGACAAGCCGGUGGUGGUCAGGCGGCGUCUUCCAUAUCGACUGGGACAAAGCUCUACAUCUCCAAUCUAGAUUACGGCGUCUCAAAUGAGGAUAUCAAGGAGCUCUUCUCAGAAGCCGGUGACCUGAAACGCUAUGCUAUACAUUAUGAUAGGAGCGGGAGAUCAAAGGGAACAGCAGAGGUGGUCUUCUCGCGUAGACAAGAUGCACUAGCUGCCGUUAAGAGGUACAACAACGUUCAGCUUGAUGGGAAGCCAAUGAAGAUUGAAAUUGUUGGGGCCAACAUUGCCACUCCCGCUGCCCCUGCUUUCAAUGGUGCUUUUGGUUUUGGAGACGCUAAUGGAGGUCCCAGAAGUGGUCAAGCAAGAGGUGGUGGCUUCGGGAGGUCACGGGGUGGUAGAGGACGCGGUCGCGGAUUUCGAGGAGGCAGCAGAGGACGUGGAAGAGGAGAUCGUGGAGAAAAGGUAUCUGCAGAAGAUCUAGAUGCUGAUCUGAUGAAGUAUCAUUCAGAAGCAAUGCAGACAAACUGAUGGGUCCGGUAGCAAUGUUUGCCUCUACAUCCAGUGCCUAGUGGAGCCAGACUUUCUGUACUUCAGUGUUCUUCUCUUUUCAAGUUGCAAGAAAGAAAGUACUUAUAGGAAGAUUUGAACAUUUGCUGUAUGGGAAUUGAGCUUCUUCUUUAUUUGUUCCCUUGAUUUGGAUUUUUGCUUGGGUGGAGUGAUUUGUGUGUUCUACCAACUCUUUAGUUUAUUUAAGAGGUGGACGAUUAGAGUGGAAAUGCUUAUCCUUGCCCAUCCCACGACAAAGCUUUGCCUCGACGGUGGCGCCAGCUGAAGGUGGUGGCUGCCCUGUGUCCUGAAGUCCUGCAAGUGCUUCUUGUAGUCAAUUAUUUGGGCGUCAAUCGUGAGGUAGUUUUUGUCACUUUGUUCUUGUCCACUGGUUUCACAAUUGCAGUCCUUGUGCACUUGGCAGUUUUGCUGUAAGUGUCGACUUAAUUUUAUCCUUGUUGAUAAUGAGUUCUACAAACUGUUGACUUAGGAAGCACGUAAGUGGGAUCAAUUUUGGGUGACUAAAGCUGCCUCCCCUGAUGAUUUUUUCUUACUUAUUGCAAAUAUAUAUUUCUACCUUUUAUAACAUGUUUAUAACGAGCUUGAAAAACUGUUGCAUUAGGAACAGGUAGGUCGGAACAUACUUGGGUGACUAAGCUGAAUCCUUUGAAUGAUUAUGUCUUAUUGCAAAUACAUGGGAUGAGUAAGCUGAAUGAUGGUGUUCUCGGGGCUACAGACUGCUCAUCUUGUGGAUGAUAUGUUGAUGUCGCAGGAGAAAGAGGCUCUGUCCUCUUUCUGUGAACACGAUGUUUAAGUGAGGUGGCGGACUUGCUGCAUUUCUACAGCAUUAUGGAGCUUAUGCCCCGUACUGUAGAAUUGCUCAAGUUUGCUGUCUUUGCAUCUCGGUUAUGUGCAUUUAGAUCUUUUAUGUGCUUCCCAUAAGUGCUUCUCUUGCAAUCUCUUCAAGUCUGGAGCAUCAUCCGGCAUUUCAAAUUGAUUAGGCUGUUGGUAAUUGAAAUUCAACGAUUAACUUGGAUCAUUGAGAUGAAUAUGCAUUCUGCCAUGUCCUGAUUCAAAAAUCAAAUUUUCUUGGUUUCUUCUCACUGUUAUGAUCUUGCUCGGAGUUGCAACUAGAUCCUGCACAGACAAUGUAUAUUAGCCGCCCUCUAGCUAUGCUGAUUAUCUGCUGGGUGAUGUGUCAACUAGUACUUCCUUGUGAAUGGCUGUGGUGCUAAAGAGGGCAUAUUGACUCCCUUAAAAAGCCUGAAAUAUAUCUUGUGAUAUGAAUGGUGGCUGAUCGUCAUCAAUGGAUCUCUUGUAAAGAAUGUUUGUAGCUCGAACGACCAUAUUUCUGCUUUGUUUUUGAUAGCCUUUUAUCGAAGGUGUUUGCAGCGUGUCCAAACAACAAUCUGGAACAGAGUUAAGGAACAAUGAAGUUUCUUUCUUUCUGUU